AUGGCAGACAACGGUAGCGAGCAACCGGCAGCAGGAGAUGCUGGAGUAGAAUACAUCAAACUCAAAGUUGUUGGACAGGAUUCGAAUGAGGUACACUUCCGUGUUAAAAAUGGAACUGCUAUGGGCAAGCUGAAAAAAUCUUAUGCUGAUCGCACCGGAGUUGCUGUCUCUUCACUGCGUUUCCUGUUUGACGGACGCCGUAUCAACGACGACGACACUCCGAAAACUUUGGAAAUGGAAGAGGACGACGUUAUUGAGGUAUAUCAGGAGCAACUUGGUGGUUCAUGUUGA